UCCAUGGAAAGUGACAAGUCAGCCAUUGACGCCAAUGAACAAGCCGGUAUUACCCAAGCCACAAGGAAAAGUGGAAGAGAUUCAAAUGAGAAUAGUGGCAGUGAAAUUAUCAAGAAAUCCAACAUCAAGAAAGCAGAUAAAAGCUCGAGGUAUCUUGACGAUAAGGCUACUACACAAAGAAGUAUCGUGCUUGAAAAAUCCUGUCAAACCGAGCUGGGACAAAAUGCAGGGAUGUUUCCGGAAAAUAUUGACUGGGGAAUGCAAGGUACUUUACCCUUCAUAACUUCAAUAAUUCCUAGAGAAUUCAAUUCAUUUGGUCUUACGAAAUUUUCAACAUUUAUAUAGGCUAGUUGCAUCUGCUUCUAAGAUCGCAAAAGAAAGUGAUUAUUCUUCUAUAACAAUUAAGGAAGCUUUAUAAUAAAGAAAAAAUUUACUUAGCUUUACCAUUUUUACAAAACAAUACAACCAAUUGACUAUCAACAAACCCGAUAGCACAGCAGUGAUUUUCUUAACAUAUAUUUUCUAGUUCAUUGUAAAAGGAUGGGCGUUAAAAUCGUCUCUCUUAUCCGAUAUCGAAAACCGUCCCUUCAAUUCUAUAAAAGAUUGUGGUUGAUGUAUUUCUUUAUCACCAACUUCAACAAAUCAUCUCCAUUCUAUCAAUGACUUUGCUGUAGCUUUCAGUCGUCAAGCUGACAACAUAAGGGAACUUGAGGAUGCCAGACUCAGCACAAAUCGUUUCAAGCAACGCAAUUCAAGCCUUUCAGACGAAAACAUGGAGCUUUAUAGCCAAAUAGAUUCCCUCGCAAAGGAAAACAUGAAGCUUUAUAAACGAAUAAACUACCUUGAAAAUACUACGGACCAAAGGCAAGCGACAAGAGGCAGCAAAGAUGAACUCAUGAUGGAGAUGGAAAGCGUCUGCAAAGAGAACAAGAAGCUUCUUCGUGAGGCCAAAGAUGCCAAGAGCUCACUUGAGACUAUUGAAAGGGAAAAAACACGCUUAGAGAGAAAGAUCAAAAGAAUGAGCCAAGAGAGCAACCAGGGAAGCAAAGUUGCUCUGGCAAAGGGUAGUUUGUCAGCGAAAUCUGUCGAGAAGGUGAUGGAGGAGAAUGAAAGAUUGGCAAUUGAAAACAGCCUUCUUCAGGCCCAGUUUAAUGAAAUGGCAAAGAAAGAAAGCAAAAUACAAAAACCAAGCAAUACCAAACCGACUGGCACCAAAAUCUCUGAUUCCAGGCCUUCCAAUAGCCGUCUUGAUAGAGGCAGCAGUGACUCAUCUAUGAGCUCAUCUCAAAGUGGCGAGGAAAUGAUUGACAACAGUUCGACGAAGUACAUUCGUCAAAGCACAAGUGGAAGCAGCACAGCAUCAAAAGAACGUGAAGAAUGUGAGCUGUAUGAUUUGGACACAAAAGACCGCAAGCAGAGCAAACUAAGCACACGCAAACGAGGAAGUGCCAAGAGCGACUCGAAUGAAUCAAUGAAAAGCAAAAAGAGCGAGGACCAAACUAUGCUGAUGCUAGCUGAGAACCAAAGUCUGAAGAGCAAACUAACGUUUUUGGAAAAGACAAACGAUGAUCUAAUAACGCAGAUAUGUUACCUUCAAGACCUGAUUGGUGAGAAGCAGCAAAGACCCGAAUCUACGAAUCAUAAGCCACAGUGGGCAGAGACUGGAACAUACAGUGCAAAACUCAAAGUUGGACUUGGAGAUGGGAAUCGAAAACUUGCUUCGCAGGGUACAGGUAAAACUGACAGAGAAAUGAAAACAGAUUCUAGAAUUCAAGGAACAUCACUGAAUUACGGCGGAGAUGAUCAGCUUGAAGGCAUCAUUUCACUGAUAGAGAAGAAUAAAACUUUGGAAAAGGAGAAUAUUCAGAUAAAAAGGAAGUCAGAUACAAUGCUUGGAAAGAUAAGAGAGUAUGACGGGUUGAGGGAAAACCUGAAAGAGGCAGAGGAAAAUUGCAAGAGAAUGCAAGAAAGAGUGGUUGACCUCGAAAGGGUAAACGAAGAAUCAGUCAUGCAACUAAAAGCGGUGUCUAAAGAAAGUGAUGACAUGAAACAAAGGUAUGUGGAUGCGAGAAAGAAUUAUGAUGCACUGUGCGUGAAGAUUCAGUCUCUAACAGAAACAAUUGCAGACUCACGAGUCAAAGUCUUUAAUCUGCCAACUGCCCUCGAGGCAAUAAAGAAAUCAUACAUAGAGAGGCAAUCACAAAUUGCUAACCUUCAAAAACAAUUAAAGGAACUGGAAACUAUGAAAGCAUUAGUUGUUAAAGAGAAAGAGACUGUUACGAAAGAAGUGCAUAGUUUGAAGGAACACUCUAAGGUUCUGCAAAAGCAAAUAGAGGAAUUUCAAAUAAUGGAGAAGAAUUUUCAAAAUCUCAAAACCAAAUUUGAAAAACAACAGAAACGCAUGGAACAAGAAAGAUCUGAAAAAGACAGUCUUGCUAGCAGCAACAAAAAUUUGGUUGAGGAAAAUAAAGGCUUAAGGAAAAAACUUGACCAGGUCACAGAAACAUCCAAAAAUCAAUCUGAGUCGAAGGCGAGGCUAGAAAAAGAAUGCCAUGGGUUAAAAAGAGAAAUUGAAAGAAUAUCUUUGGAAAAGAAGAUCCAAGAUGAUGUUGUUAUUGAGACACAACUGCUAAAAGAAAAGUUAAUGAAAGUUGAAGAUGAUAAUAAAGGCUUAAAGAUAGAUUUAGAACGAGCAAACAAGAGGUCCAACGAGAUAUGGGAGUCGGUAAGAAUGAAAUUGAUUGAAAACGACUGUUUUGGUGAAUCUCCUCAGUCUGAGUGUAUUUUGAAUGGGGAUGAAACUUCAGAAACGACUAUAAUAGGAGAAGAAAUACGAAACAAAGUUUUCAGUUUGAUCGAGGCAAAUAAUGCCCUUCGUGAAGAAAUAGAAAACCACAAGACUGAAAACAAAUCUCUCGAUGAAAAACUGAAAGCUAUGACCAAAGAGCUAGAGGACACGGUUACAAGUUAUGCAGAGGCAAAGCAUUACAGGAAAGAUUUGCUUGACAAGAUUGUUUCCAUUGGGGAAGCAAUGACAGGACAAAGCAUGGAUGAAUGCAAUGAAGAGUGGAUUCUAGAGGCGAUGAAGAAAACAUAUCAAGAUAAACUUUCCGAUAUUGUCAAAUUGCAACUUUCAAUAGAAGCCUUUGAAAAAACCAAAGAGUCAAUGACAAUAAAUACAAAGACACAAACAGAAGAAAUUAGUGAUCUUGAAUUUCGUUGCAACGAGCUUCAAUGUAAGAUAGAGGAGUAUGAGGUGCAGCAGAUGGAAUAUGAAGAUCUAAAAAGAAACCUAGAAAAACGCCAUGAAGAUUUAUUGCAUCAGACCCGUGAAAAGGAGGCACAUCAAGAAAAAAAUAAAGAUCUUAAUAGAAUUAAUGAAGAUCUACUCAAGAAAACAACGAUUUACAGAAACAGAGUUAUGAUGCAGGAAUCAAGAUGUGUGCAGGACGAUUUAAGUGAAAAAGUCACGACUCUGGAAGUGGAAUGCAAAAGAUUGAGCAAGGAAAUGGAGACGAAGGAGAAGGCAGACAGGAAAUGGGUUGAGAUAGUAAUUGCAAACAUGAAGAAAGAUAUGGACUCAUUACAGGACAGAUUCGACUUAAUGACCAUCCAGAACAAGGAGUAUAGCCAUCACAUAUCAAGACAAAUUCUGACAGAAAGGGAAAAUAGUGCACUGAGAACACGAUUGCAAAAAUUGUCAAGUGAGUGCUUUUCAAUGAGAAAAGAUUUUGACUAUCUUCUAGAGAAGGAAAACGCAUUUUCGGAGCUUGCAAAAGUGCACGAUUCGCUUUUGGAUGAAUAUGAAACUCUAAGAAAAGACAACAAUAAACUAGCAAGCCAGUUCAGGGAAAAUGAGCAAAUGCUUGAGCUCUUGCAACAAGAAAAUGAGAUGCUUCACAAGAAAUGUCAAAAGUUUGAGUAUCAAUCUCAAAAUGACAUCCAAGGGUUCCACAAUGAGCUGCAAGACGUCGAGAUCAUUCUGAAACAAAACAUUGAAGAAAAGCAAAAACUACAGGAAAAUAUUGCAGAGCUAAACGAGCAACUUGAAAUAAAAGAAUUUGAGAUUUUGGAAGCGCAGGAAAAAGUCAAAGAAUUAAGUCGAAAACUUGUGAAGCACGAGUCGGAAAUACAAGACAUGACAGAGCUGAAAAAAGAGAACGAGAAAAUUCAAAAACUUAUCUUGGAACAGCAAAAUACAAUGUCAGUAUUGAAAGCCCAUAAAGCUGAGAUGGCUACCGAAAUUGAAAAUUUAAAGACAUUAAAUGCAAGGUUUGAGGACAUCAAGGAACAAAAUGUAGAACUGAACAGUAUUCUUAUGGAAACAAGAGAGAAAAUUUCAGUCCUUGAAAAAGAAAACAUGACCACCAAAGAAGAGGCAAGCAAUUUUGUUAAAAUGUACGAGGAAAGUCGUUCGGAGCUAGAACAAUGUAGAGACAAUCUUGACAUUUUACAAAAGGAAAACGAACACCUCAAUGAUACUUGCAAAAGGAUUGACUGCCAGCUACAAGCUAAUCUGGAAAACAAGGCUGAAUAUGAUAAUGAGAUCCGGCUGUCAGGAAACAAGAUCGAGGUUCACGGAGAUCAGCUGCUCAAUACUAAUGAUGCAGAUCAAGAAGACACUGCAAGUUCAACAGCAAAGUCACAAGAAAUCAGUCAUGAGGAGUUUGUUGAUAUCUUCCUAACACCAACUAGGAUAGAAACUCAAGAUACUGACUGCGAGGAAGACGUAUCUAAUAUCGAUUACUUUUUGCUUAAUGAUGACAAAUUCGAGGAAGAGCUUCUGUCAAAUGGAGACAUAAAGGAGCAAAGAAUCCUAGAUAUAGUCUCCAACUACGAAAUGAAAGAUUUAUGCCACCAAAAGAGUAAGAAAUCAGUCCAUCCGAUUCAAGGUGCUAGAGAAGACAAAAGACGGAACUCCGCAGAAAAUGCCUUUCAAGAGCGUUUAGAGAAUGUCCUGAAAGCAAAUGUGGUACUAGCGGAAGAGAAAUUUGAAAUCGAAGCAAAGCUACAGGAGUCUUUGAAAGAGAACGAGGCUAUGACUUUUCAAAUAAUAAUGCUCGAGGAUAAGCGAAGAUUGGCUAUGUCUCAAAACAAGGAACUUCAACAAGAACUUGUAGAGUGCCGAAGAAAGCUAAUGAUGAUGGAGAUUGAUGUAAACAAUUCAAAAGAAACUGAUAACGAUAAUGAAAGCAAACAGGAGAUACACAAAUACAAAUUACAGCUGAAAGCUUGUAUUGAGAAGAUAACACAACUGGAACAUGAAGUAGAGAUGAGGGAAACCGUGAUUAAAGCAAAAUGCAACGAAUAUUUGAUACUAUCAGCCAAAUAUGAAGAAAUGAAGGAAGAAAGAGAUGAACUUCAGAAGAAAUGCUCAAAGUCAAAUAUUUCCCUACACAAGGUCCAGUCACAGCGGGUCAUGGCAGAGUACAACAGCAAAGGCCUGGAACUGACGGUUGCUGACCUAUCUUCACAGAUGAACCUUCUUGAUGAAGAAUACAAAGAGCUGAAUUCAAUGUACCACAAAAGAACAAAGGAAAACGAAGAACUGAAUCAAAAUGUUCACUUUCUUGACUUACAGCUUAGGAUUAGAAACGAAAAUCACAACGAACUUUGGGAUAAAUACACAGAUAUCAGGAAACAGCUCAAGGAGCUGGAAUGGAAGCACAUUGAGAGUGCUAGCUUACAAAGAGAAUUUACAGAAAAAGAAGGGGCUGCUUCCCUUAGCCAAAAGGAAAUGAGCUUGUCAGAAGUGGUAAGAAAUCAAGUUUAUUAUUAAACUAUUUUGCUGUUUAAUCAAAAGCUGUAACUCAUUUAGAAUGUGCCAUUGUUUAAUUAAAAAAAGACAUGUUAUCAAUAGCACUGCUAAAGAAAAGAAUAUUGAAAAGUAUGUGUUUUUUUAUUUAAGCAUCAUUCAAACAGUUAACUACCCAUCGAAUGAUGUUAAUUCCAAAUAUAAGGAAACUAAUAUUGAAAUACUACACAGCCAGAGAAAGUUCAACCAACUUGAAUUAUUAUGCAAAAUUAACGCCUUUCAACAUUAAGUCUUCGUCAGAGAGUGAGUUGCUAGAAAACAAAAAUGCUUACCCAGGAAUUGCCUGAAGGGACUCUUCAACAGCUGCAAGGCCAGACAUCAACAGUUCAACAGCUGCAAGAGAUUUCAACCUUAUUGUCAAUAAGGAAUUUUAAAUAUCAGUCUUUCUGUCAUUAUUCUUUUUGUCAAGAGUAAAUCUUUCCAAUGAUCAUGGUUUAAAUCCCUCAUUUGAUGAAAUUGUGUGACUGGAAACUUUAUGCUUUGACUCUGUUAAAUUUCUUUAAACAGAUUCAUGGAUCAAGCACAUUUUGAAGCAACCUCUGUUGAACAUUAGAGUAAAUUUCAAGUUAUAUCAAACUUGAGAUCAGAAUUUAUAUUGUAAUUGUUUAUUUAUUGGAAAGCAUAAAUUGCAGAUAUU